AUGCUUCGGAUGGCGCUCAGUGACGAGGAUCUUGACGUGCGGCGCCUGGUUGUGAAGAGCUUGGGCCGGCUGGGCUCCCUCGACCCCAGUGCUGUGAUACCCGUUGUCGACAAGGCGCUGAGUGACCAGAUUCCUGAUGUGCGGAGGGCUGCUGCAGAGAGCCUGCGCCAGCUGGAAAUUACAGACCCCGGCACUGUGCUGCCCAUCUGGCAAAAGGCGCUGAGCGACGAGAAUGGGUGGGUGCGCGAAUCAGCUCUCAAGGGCCUGGCUCAGCUGGGCUCCGCAGCCCCUGGCGCUUUGCCUCGGAUUCUUGAGAGGGCGCUGAGUGACGAGAGUGUUCGUGUGCGGCGUGUGGCUGCGGACAACUUGGGUUUGUUGGGCUCCGCAGGCGAGUUGCUCAAGAAGGCGCUGAGUGACGAGGAUCAUGUUGUGCGAGAGUUUGCUGCGCGAAGCCUGGGUCGGCUGGGCUCCGUAGACCCAGCUGCCAUACUCAUGCUCGACAUGGCACUGCGUGACACGGAUGUUGACGUUCGCCUAAAUACUGUAAGGAGCCUGGGUCAGCUGGGCUCUGCAGACCCCGGCGCUGUGUUGCCCCUCCUCCAGACGGCGCUGGAUGACAACGACAGUGGUGUACGACAUGAUGCUUUGAGCAGCAUGCUGGCCACGGGCGGCGACUCAGUAGCUGAGUACGCGUUUUGCAUUUUUGGGAUACUCUAA